UGCCGCCAUUUUGCUCGUAACAUUAGCAAAAGCAAUUGUUUACGGCUUAACGCAAAGUUAACAACAACAAUUAAAAAUGUAGGUUAAUUUAAAAAAGCAUAAAUAUUAACGUAAAAAGUUGAUUUAAAACUUGUAAGUAAAAGACAAGACAUAGUUUUUAUGUAGGACAUACCAAAUCUCAGAAUUUUCUAUAGUUAUAAGAAAUUUUGUUUCUGACACAUUUUGACUUUGAAUUUACGUCAUUUCACACAAUUUAAGUAAUAUAACCUCACAGUUGGAACGUUUCCAGCACUUUUCAGCUUAUUCCUCCAACACCAAACUCUAAAAACUUAAAAAAUGGCUUUGAUUGGUGUAAGAAGUGCCUUAAGAUUUGGCCAAAGUAUAAACGAAUCAUUUCUGUUUAAUUCCAGAAGCCUAAUGAUUUCGAAAAUCAAAUUUAACACAGCGGAGGAGACGAAAAAAUCCGAAACGGACACAUCACCAUCAGCUAACGAUGAUAAGUCAAAUGUAGAAAUAGAGAAACUCAAUAAGCAGAUUGUUGAGCUGACAGAGAAAAACUCCGAGCUGCUGGAUAAAUAUAAAAGAUCUUUGGCAGACGGCGAAAACUUACGGCAACGGUUAACGAAGCAGAUAGGCGAGGCAAAAAUUUAUGGCAUUCAAGGCUUUUGUAAGGAUCUAUUAGAUGUGGCUGAUGUGCUGGGAAAGGCCACAGAAACGGUGCCAAAAGAUGAAAUCAAAGACAGUAAUCCGCAUCUAAAAGGCCUCUAUGAGGGUUUGAUUAUGACAGAGGCACAAUUGAAAAGUGUAUUUAAAAGACAUGGUUUAGAGCAAGUUAAUCCACUAAAUGAAAAGUUCGACCCCAAUUUCCAUGAAGCUCUAUUUCAACAGGAAGUGGAGGGAAAAGCAGCAGGUACUGUCGUAGUAGUUUCAAAGAUUGGAUACAAAUUACACGACCGAGUGUUGCGACCAGCUCUUGUGGGUGUUUCGAAAUAACAGCAUAGCAAAUAAUUUUCUGUUCACUAAGAAGGCCGAUUGCAAGAAAAGAAGCCCAUUGCUGUGUGUAUUCAGUUAAGAGUACUAAACAAUUUUUGGGAGUAGCAAAAAUAGUUCUAACUGUUUAUAGUUUAUUGAAAUGAGAGCUCAUACAACACUAUAAGCAUUUUAGUACGUAUAUGUUAAAUUUUUCACUAAAAGCAAAAUAUCACGUAUUCACAUUCACAAAAAUACAACCUAUAUAAAAGUUGUUUUUAUUAUAACAUUGAAAAUGUGAACUACCCGUUAAUGCGAAGAUAUUGCUUUUCCAAUAAUAUGAAUCAUACCAGAUAUGUAACACUUUUGCACCUUUAAUUGAAAUAAAACUGAAAUACAUAAUGGGCACAGUAAUGCAACUAAAACGAUCAACUGCAAAAUUAAAUACAGAAUAAUGAAAUAAAUAUUUGUUUAGUAUUUACAAUGCAAAAAUACAAAAAAAGUGUGUAUGCUCAUAGGGUCUGCAGAUCUAAAUACAGUACUAAUAUUUACAACGGCAUAGAUGCAUUGUUGCAAAAAAAUAGAUUGCCUGUUUUCUACAAAUUGGAUUAUUUAUGUUUUGAAAAUUUGUAUAAACUUAAUAAAUAUUAGUACUGACCAUUGAACUAGAGAAUGCAAUAUCUUCUGUUUAAAAAAUCUAAAAAAUAGAAAUUAAGACAAUUACUUUAAUUUGAUAAUAACAUUUUUGGAAAUGUGAAAGACAUAAAUAAACUAGUAAAUUGUACAAUUCAAAGGCA